AUGUCCACCAAUCGACCCUUCCUAUCGAACUUCCUGGCCGCCUUUCGAGCACAGUCAGCCUACAAGACGUCGACAGCCGGAUCGCAAGCCGCCAGCGGAGCGUCCUCCCUACCUUCCUCUCAGAUAUCGUCGAGUGCACGCACGAUAGCGACCAAGACCAACACAGGGUCGUCAUCCGCCGCUGCAACUACGCAGACCGCUUCGACCCAACCAUCGUCUACCUCCACCACAGCAGCCGUUCAAGCAGCCUCCAGUCACCACUAUCAUCAUCACUCCGCUAAUCCGUCGCGGCCUCAUUCGCAUACGCGCACACCGCUCAGCCCCCAAGAGGCUUCCCCAGCUUCAGCGUCUACUCCACUCUCGCCUGCAUCUUCAUCUCCAUCAACAUCGACACCUAUCCCUAUUACUUACCCUGGCGAACGUAAUCGCCGGGGAAGUGACAGUUCCAGCGGCUCAGGCGGGUUCCGGGAUGCUCUCGGGACAGAAAAGUGGUAUAUUGGCGGGCGGACAGCUGCUGGCGAAGAACGCUUCUAUCGACUCGGGAUGGUAACGAAAGGGGGUGGUCGACUAGGCGGGCGCGGCAGGGUAGGGAGCGUCGACCAGCUGAGUCUAUAA